CUGCCAUUUCUCGGGGAUUCACUAUUAUGAAGAGUCCACAUUUCUCUCGCGAUAACUUCUGAUCUUUCCUGCCAGUUGAAAACAUGGCCGACGAAUACGGACGGAAGUGGGACCGCUGUCUUGCUGAUACAGCCAUGAAAACAGUAACUGGCCUUGGUGUGGGCAUUGUGUUCUCCGUCCUCUUCUUUAAACGGCGCACAUGGCCUGUCUCAUUUGGUUCAGGUUUGGGACUGGGAAUGGGGUACGCCAACUGCCAGCAUGAUUUUAGGUCACCACACCUGAUUCAUGGCCGCGUGGUAAAGGACCAGCAGUGAAGGACUAAAGAUGAGGAGGAUUUGUCGUGAAGGUUCUCAUCUGUUUUUGUGUUGUCCGUGUUAUUUUGCUGCUCAUUUCUGUGCUGGCACCAAUGUCCGACAAUGCCCUCAUUGUGUUUAUCAAAAGGCAGUCAGUGUAUAUUUAAUAAAGUGAUUAUGGAAAACUC